AGGGCACACAUUACAGUUUCAAGGCCAGCUCUUACUAUCAAGGGUCAAAGUUUCUGAAGGGUAGAAACUUUUAUCACAAGAUAUCUGAUGACUGGUCAAAAAACUUGUGUUCUAUGUUACAAGUACAUUCACACUCCAACAGCAACUAGUUUCACCAGCAGAGAUCAGGAUCGGUCAAGGUGAGAGGUUCUGGGUGUCUUUGGUCAAAGUUAGAAGCUCCCUGCAUCUCAGUGUAUUUUGGUAAAGUUAGUCACUCUAGAUGUCUGAAUGUCUUUGUUUCAGGGUUCAAAGUUCUGAACAUGUGGAUGUCUUUUGUCAAAAUUAGUAGUUCUAGAAGUCUAAACCCUUGGUCAUUGUUAGAACCUCUGUAGUUCUGGAUGUUUUUGGGCGAGGUUAGUCAUUGUGUAAAUCUUUUGUUAGGGUUAGUACCUUUGUAGGUCUGGAAGAGUUUGGUUGGGUUGUUUUGGGUCAGGCUUAGAUGUCCUGUACUCCAGAGUCAAAUGAUUUGUCCUACUGAAUGUCUUUAAUCAAGGUUGGACAUUCUGUAUAAUUGGAUGUUUUUAAUUAGGAUUCAGAGCUCUGUAAGUCUGAAUAUUUUAUUCAGAAUGGUUCUGUUUAAGUGAAUGACUUUGGUCGACAUUAAGUUUUGUACAGCCAGAUGUCUUUGGUCAAAACCCAGUUCAGUCAGUUCAACGUCUGGAGUAGCAUGGACUUACCGGAUGUGGAGAGAAACAUUUCCAGCUUCUGAAUAGAAGUCCGGUUGUUUUGUUUUUUGACUUUUUUAAAUUGAUCAUGACCUGGAUGACUGAGAACUUUCACCAGAACAAGUCAAAGGAUGUUGAGUUGGGUGGUAAAAGUUGUUCCCCAUCCGCCUGAGCCUCCGUCCAACAACACUGAGGAGGAGAAAGAGGAGAAACUAGCUGCAGCUCCGCCCCCUGCACAUGAAAAGAAGGUGACAUUUGAAGACGAGUGCAAACAUGAUGCAGCUGCCAAAGCUGAGACUUUGAAGCAGGACGCGCAGACGGCUGCAGGGAACGGUCCAGUUCCUGGUGUACUGACGUGGAUCAGCAGCGCUCUCCCUCAGCCUGCAGUUCCAGCCAACAUCACCACCAAGUAAACCAGAAGAUGAGACAGGGAUGAUUGCCUGGAUUUCUCAGGGUUUGGAGAAAGUUGUUCCUCAGCUUGAGCUGAAGAGUAAAGACUUGUCUGCAGCAGAGCAGCAGGCUCAGGUGCAUCAAACAGCAGCUCCACCAGAAACUCAAACUACUGUAACGGAAGUAGAACAAACCGAAAAGUCAUCUCCACCCAGUGUGAUUGACUGGAUCAAACAUGGCAUUGUGAAAGUGGUUCCUCAGCCAGAGAUCUACCCAAAGACUGACGGAAACAACAAGACUGAAGCUCCAGCUCCCACUAAAGUUCCACCUCCAGCUCCUCCUCCCGCCACGAAAUCAACUACAAGGACCGAGCCUGUGAAGGAAGCAGACGACCAACCAAAUAUGAUGGGCUGGAUCGUCAAUGGGAUUGGCCGCAUGCUGCCUCAGCCUGUAGCAAAGCUGGACGCAGGAGGUGACGAGAUACAGAACAUCAGCAUCGUUCAGAAGAAGACAGACCUGGUGCUCGAGGAUGUGACAGAGGAGGAGGUCAAGAUGGAGGUGAAGGAGCAGAGUAAAGAAACCCAGCAACAUUCCACAAAGGAGAUGGACACCAAGACCCAGGUGGAUCAGCUGAGUCCCGUGACGGACAGCAUUAAGGAGGAGGCCGAGGAGGAGGUCCUUGCUCACUUGGAGGAAAGGCUGCAGCAGGAGCGUCUGGAGGCGGCUCGUGUUGCUGAGGAGAUGGCCAGGAAGGCCGCGGAGGAGGCGGUCCGACAGCUGGAGGUGGAGCAGUCAGCUAAGAUCCUCAUCGAAACCCUGCCAGAGUCCAACGAGCAGCUGCCCAACAUCCUGGAGGAGGAAAAUGAAGACGACCCAGAGCUGCAGAACCUGCAGGAGGACAGUGACAACGGCCCAGACAGUAAGAGUCCAGAACCACCGAACAAGGACGAAACCCAAGAGUCUAAAGAGAAAACUGAUGAUCAGAGUCUGGUCGACAUCGGCCCACCUGAAGACAAGACGGAGCAUGGUCCAGAGAGAGCAGGACCUUUAACUCCGCCCACUUUAUGUGAGUCAGCAGAGCGAGGCAGUCCUUCUUCGACUGAUGCAGAACCAGGAUCAGAGAGGAGGGACCUGGAGAGUCCUGUUACCCAUCAGCCAAAACCACAACCUGCAGCGGACCCAUGUACCACCACAGAGCAGGUGAAACACCAGGAACAGAAUCCUGUACUCUGAUUGGCUGAGGGUUAUCCUGUACUCUGAUUGGCUGAGGGCUAUCCUGUACUCUGAUUGGCUGGGGAUUAUCCUGUACUCUGAUUGGCUAGGGGCUAUCCUGUACUCUGAUUGGCUGGGGGUUAUCCUGUACUCUGAUUGGCUGAGGGUUAUCCAGUACUCUGAUUGGCUGGUUGUUAUCC